UAUACGUCACGAGUUUUCUCUCACACAUGACAGACGCUUAAACCGAGUCUUUUCCAUUACUAUACACUAAAGCAUAAUAAGAAACAAGGGUUGUUGGGUUUUUGUUGUUGUUGUUUUUUUACUGCAGAUUUACGUGUAUCGCUCUGGCAGUAACGAAGACGGUGUCUACGCAUGAUUUUUGGUUAAAUGCCUGAAAUAAGGUCUGUGGUUAACACAAUCUCAAGGAUUCACAUCUAGGACGAUGACCGUGUCCUGCUUGCCUUGUGUGUUGAGAGAAACUCUGCUGGUGGAGGAAAAGCAGAGAUAGAGCGAGAGAAUGUAAAAAGAGAUGGGAAAGAGGGCGUGGAACUGUUGCGUGGGUGUCUCCACAGCUGUGCUGUAUGGCUCCCUGGCCCUUUUUGUCUCCAUUCUCCAUAAUGUCUUCCUGCUUUAUUAUGUGGACACUUUUGUGUCUGUUUACAAGAUAGACAAACUUUCCUUCUGGGUGGGAGAGACUGUGUUCCUGAUAUGGAACAGCCUGAACGACCCGCUCUUUGGAUGGCUAAGUGACCGCUCCUUCCUUAGCACCCCUCAGUCUGGGUCUCAGAUAUCUUCACCUGAGGUGGUGUUGAAACGCCUCGAGUCUCUCGCAAGGAAUGGGCCGCUUUUUGCUCUUUCCUUCCUGGCCUUCUGGGUGGCCUGGGCCCACCCUGGUCUGCAGUUCCUCAUCUGCCUGUGCCUUUAUGAUGGUUUCCUCACACUGGUGGACCUCAACCACAACGCCCUGCUGGCUGACCUGGCCGUGUCUGCAAACGAGCGCACACGCCUGAACUUCCACAGCUCCCUGUUCAGUGCACUGGGCUCACUGUCUGUCUUCCUGUCCUACUCUUUCUGGGACAAAGAAGACUUUAUGUCCUUCAGGCUUUUUUGUGUAGCGCUGGCUGCUCUGUCAGUUCUGGGCUUUGCUGUGGUAUCUCGAAUUCUGCUCCGCAGGUUCCAAAAUGAGGUCCAAUCACACAAGAAUGGAGAAGGGGAUUUGCUCAAAGAAUUGUCUCUUGGCCAGUCUCCUCUUGCUCAGACUGAGAAGCCCAUCACUCUUGGCGAGUAUCUGAAGCAACUCUCCCGCCACAGAAAUUUUAUGUGGUUUGUUUCAAUGAAUCUGGUGCAGGUAUUUCACUGCCACUUCAACAGCAACUUCUUCCCUCUGUUUCUGGAGCACCUCUUAUCAGACCGCAUCUCUGCCUCCACGGGCUCAUUUCUGCUGGGCAUCUCUUAUAUAGCUCCCCAUGUCAACAACCUUUACUUUCUGACAUUAAGCCAAAAACUGGGUGUCUACCGGGUAGUCCGUGGCCUCUUUCUUUUGAAACUGGGCCUUAGUAUAGCAAUGCUGCUAGCAGGAGCAGACCAGGUCUACCUGCUUUGCUUAUUUAUUGCUAGUAAUCGAGUGUUUACUGAAGGGACCUGUAAGCUGUUGAAUUUAGUAAUCACAGACCUGGUUGACGAGGACUUUGUGUUGAACCGGCGACAGCAAGCAGCCUCUGCACUGCUGUUUGGUAUGGUUGCUUUGGUAACAAAGCCCGGCCAGACCUUCGCUCCCCUUAUUGGCACUUGGCUGCUGUGUGUGUAUACAGGUUAUGACAUCUUUGAGAGAGGUCCUCUUAAAGACUCUGUGGCAGCCGUAGGUGUCUCAGGUGCAGAGAGCUCUCUGCCAUUGCGCCAGGGCUGCUUUUACCUACUGGUGUUUGUGCCCAUCUCCUGUGCCCUGCUGCAACUACUGGCUUGGUCCCGCUUCACCCUCCACAGUCGCAGAUUACAGGGCAUUAAAGCUAGGAGGCAGGGUGCUCAACACCUCAUUGAUGUGAAGGCCGUCUAAUACUGUCCACCCCGUUCUUCACUGCCUCACACUGACUCAGGAUGGAGGCUGGUAUCUCUUAUAAAAGGACUGUGUGACAGUGAAAUCUUGGUGAAACCAGCCUUAUUUUCUUAUGGUGAUAAAUAAUCUGCAUGUCUAUAUUUAUAAACAAAAUUACCUAGGGACCAAAUAUGAACUGUUAAAACAAUCAAGUGGUGUGGGACCAUAUGGGAGAGUAAAAUUUCUUCGCCUUUGACUGCACAAUACUGGAUUAUAGUUUGGUAUUGUAGCUCCUAGAUAGAACAAUGGUUUACCUACUUUAGCUUUUUUUUCUGUUUAAAAAAAAAAAAGGAUAGGCUGUUUACCUAUUUAUUUAGCAUUUUUAUAUUGUGCUAAUCUCAUAAUAAGCAUGUUGGGAGUACUCUAGCAGUUCAGAUCCAGCGGAUAUGGAGUUUUCGUUGAUUAAUUUGCACCACAGGAAAUUUUAGUGGUACGCUAUUUCUAGAAAGGUUUUAUUUCCUGUUCUUCAUUUGUUGUAUACUUUCUUUUCAUAUAUUAAAACAUUUUACCAAGUAUUUUAUGCUAAUUAUCCCUUAGUAUGAUACCAGUAUGAUACUAGUAAAUGAUCUUUCUAAAGAUGAGAGUAGUUUUGUAUAUUUAUUUAUUUAAAAACUACCAUUUUCAAAUAUGCUUACUUUGAAGACAUUCGCUGAUUUAUACAAAUUGUGUAUUAACUUUACAAAAAUGGGGAAAAAGACACUUGACAGUACUUUUCAGUAUUCGUCAGUGACUGACAUUUACGUUUUGAUGUUUUUAUUCUUUUUGAGUUCAAGGAGAUGGUUUAUAACUCAGGAAAUUUGACAUUAAUAAAUUGUAUGUUUUCAUCAUUCCUUGUAAUAGUUCAUACAUUCAUAUCAAUGCCUUUCAGAAAAUAAACAUACUUGUGUUGCUUCAA